AAACUGUAUAUAAAAGCAUAACGCGUUCACCUGUCAUUCCUCUUAUUGUUAGGGUUUUGGAGGUAGAGAGUGAGCAGCUGAGCAAGACCGGCAACAAUGUCGAAGAGAGGUCGCGGAGGUUCCGCGGGAAACAAAUUCAGGAUGUCGCUGGGUUUGCCGGUGGCAGCCACCGUCAACUGCGCCGAUAACACCGGAGCAAAGAAUCUGUACAUCAUUUCGGUGAAGGGUAUCAAGGGAAGGCUUAACAGGUUGCCUUCAGCUUGUGUGGGUGACAUGGUUAUGGCUACCGUGAAGAAGGGUAAGCCCGAUCUCAGGAAAAAGGUUAUGCCAGCUGUCAUUGUUCGUCAGCGCAAGCCAUGGCGCCGAAAGGACGGUGUCUUUAUGUACUUUGAAGAUAAUGCUGGUGUAAUUGUGAACCCCAAGGGAGAAAUGAAAGGAUCUGCAAUCACUGGUCCAAUUGGGAAAGAGUGUGCUGAUCUUUGGCCUAGGAUUGCAAGUGCUGCCAAUGCUAUCGUGUAGAAGAGUUUCCUUAAGUAGUUUGAUAUUGUUGUUUUUUUGAUGGUUAAUUUAUGUUUUUGGAUAUCAGAUUGUUGUCUUAUUAAGAGAUUAGUUUUUACCGGUUUGAGAAUUUUACAUCUAGAAUACAUAUCAAUUGCCUAUUUCUUCUA